UAUCUGAUUUUUAUCUAGAAAACAGCUGAUUUCUUAUGGUCAGUGUAGAAAAAAAUCAAUAAAAUGUUUAUUUAUGGUCCUAUCUUGAUAAAAAUACUUUCUUUUAAAAGCCAAUAAAAUUCUCUUUAAUUCCAUGUAAAUAUUAUUAUUUUUGUCCUGGUAUUGAUUUAAGACCGUUUAGUUAAACAUCAAAGCAUCGGGGAAUUUGUAACUAAUUGAAAUAAUCAUGCUUCAUGUACAUGCCGCGUGACCCCUACGUGUUUCAAAUUAAUUUCCGGCGUGUUAAAUAUUCAUGAAUAUUCAUGAGAUGAUGGCAUCUGAAAAGCUAGAUGAAUCCUGAUUGGUUUGGCGUUUGUUUAAUUUGCAUAUUUUUUUCCGUUCAUGAGAUAUAGUCCCCCAAAGUCUGGCGCGAUUUUGCAAAAAUUCUCGCCGAUUUCUGUUAUUAAACAUAUAUUUUCUGAAAGAAUAUUCUUUUAGCUUUCAUUUGAUACCAAAUUUAUUGGUCGGAACUAAAUAUAAAUACGUCGCAUUUUGCUGUAAAAUUACAGCGCCGGCCUAGAUUGCUGAUGUAAACAUCAACACGUUGUCCGCCAUUUUGAGAUAGAAAAUCGCCGAUACGAUGCAUUGUUUUUCAGUUUAUAUGCCGGUUAAUACGAGCUGAAAAAAUUAAAUGGUGAUAGAAAACAUUAGGUGUAUAUAAUGUCUGAGUGCCAGAAUCGUUUUCCUGGGCCUUGCUGUGAAGCUGCAAAUAUCACCUGUCAACAGUUAAAAAGUAGGGACCUACCACAAAAUGUAAUUCUAACCAAUGGUUUGGUUCUUGAACUUCACAGUUUUGUCACAACAGAGAAUCUAACUUCGGCUGCUUUUGUUAAAAUUCUUGAAAAGCUUGACAGUAACUUUUGCGGAAUUGUUCAUCCAAGUGCUUUGGUUAUAAAAGUUAAACGUGUAAUUGAACAGAAAAAGAAGCUGAGUCAUCGCAAGAAAGUGAAAGGUUUCAAAACCGUCAAAGAAUUAUUAGACCAGACAUUUAGUGCACCAGUAUCGAGUUCUGCAUCCAACUCCAAAGGCUUUGAUUCAACCGUACCUUGUCUAGAAUCUUCACAGUCACAGAAUGUAGAAACAGAUGUGUCAGAAACACAGCAUUUAGAAAAGGAUCUAUCAAACAAUGGUCAUUCUUUAAAGUCAGUGCAUUCACAAACAGAGGAAGCUUUUGAAACAGACGGCAGCCCGAUAAAAACUCUUAACUUAGUAAAAUACAAACAGACAGUUUUACUUAAACAGAACAAAAUACUUACUCGAAAAUUAAUCGCAAAACGUUUACUUUUAAAAAAGGUAGAUGAUUCUGUUGGACACUAUUCUGUGCGUAAUAUUAACAAACGAGAUGAAACUGCUAAGAAAAAUCUACAUUUACUCAGAGACACGCAAAGAACAAAUAUAAGGCUUGAAAAAAAUAAUGCUAAAAAUAAAAAACUCAUAGAGACUUACAAAAAGACAGAGAAGGAACUGAAAGAAAGAAUAAAAUUUCUUGAAAAGGAAAAUGAAGAAAUCAGAGAAACACGGACUACACUCAGUGAUCAAAUGCAGGUUGAAAAAGAAAAAAAGAUCAUGUCGCAAAAAGCAAACAGCUAUCUAAGGAGUGAAGUGCGUGAACUGAAAGAAAAAGUAGAUUCCCUUAGCGAUGCUGAUCACGAAGAAUGCAAUAGCAAAAUAAUUAAAUUACAAUUGAUUGCUGAAGAAAAAGAACAUGAAAUCAAUUCACUACAGCAAGAUCUUGAUGAAGCGAAUGAAGCCCUGAGAACAAAUGAAAAGAAAGUUGCGACGAAAAAUAGUGAUGGUUCAUUUGCCGAUAAUUUCAGACUAUGUGUUAUGGAAUUGGCAGGGCUAGAGGUAGCUGUCGAGAAAGUCUCUCCUGUUAUAAAAUGCAUUAGCAAACAUUUAUUCUCGCAAGAACUUGAAAAAGAAGCUUUACCGUGUCCAUCAACAGUUCAGUCUAUAGUUGACGAAGGCCAAUUUAUAGCGAAAACAUUUAUUGCGGAGAAGAUAUUGAAUUCUGAGAAUUGGGGUUUAGGUCGUGACGGAACAACACGGAAAAAGCAAAAGAUUGUAGAUACAUCAGUCACAUUAGAUUCAGGAGACGUUAUGAGCCUUGGAUUUACUCGUGUAGCCAGUGAAACUGCGGAAACAAUUCAAUCUGUAACAAAAAAUCAAAUUAAAGAACUUGGUAAUUUGUCCAAAAAACCAACUGAAGAAUUUAUUGCAGAAUCACUAAUAAAAUUAUCAUUCACAAUGAGUGAUCGUGCGAGCAAUGAAAAAUUAGCAGACAAACUUUUAGACGACUGGAAAGAAGAAAUGUUAGAAAAUGUUGAAGAACCUUCACCUAUUCAUCAUCUGCACUGUAUGGCCCAUGUUUUACUUGGUUUCCACAAUUAUUUGUCCCCAGAACUGAAACAAAUGGAAGCAAAACUUACUGAAUCCAACGGUCCCAUUGGUAGAGAUGCGUUACCUGUAUUCAGAAGUUGGAGUAAGAAAGAAACGUUUGUUGGCCGCACUGUACGAACAACAUCAGAUGUAUUUGGACCAGCCGCAGAUCACCAUGGUAUCCGUGACAGAUGGGAGGCCUAUUGCAGUACGAAUGGAAUAAAAUCCCGUAUAGGAAAUUACAGGGACAACAGAUUUAACGCUUUGUUUCAAACUAGUGCAGAGGUCUUCUUACAUCGCCAAGAUUUCCUAACUGUGCUAGAGACUGUAGAAAAACCAAAUCUUAAACUUCAAUCUGUUAAGUCUGACCUAAAAUCCACAGAAGUAUGUGCCCUAUUGCAGUGCUUAGGACUAUUCUAUUUAAAACUUACAGGUCCCUAUUGGAAUUUGAUCACCAGUGGUAAGGUCCCAUACUAUGAACUUUACAAGCAUGUACAAGACAUUCAAACCUUCCUGGAACAGUGUGAACAGUCCCCCGAAACACUUUUACUGUCCGACAGACACUGGAUUGAAACUGACCCAAUUGAAAUAAGCAUGGUUCAGGAGAAUCAAGGACUUGCUGACUGCUUGUUUACGCUUCAUGAAGAUAGCAGAGAACUACUGUUGACAUCUAUCCCUCUCGUUGCGAAGGCCUUUUUAAAGACUGUAAAUAAGCAACUUGUUGAUUUUUUACCUGGUGGUAAAUAUUGUGAUGCAAUUGCCAGUUCAGAUCAAGAUAGAAUAAAAUUUGCCCCGCUCACAAAUUUAUCUUGUGAGCAUCACUUCGGGGAUCUCGACAGUAGUCAGCGUAGGAGACCGCACGCGUCAUUCCACCAUCAUUCUUCCAUUCAACUGCUUAAACGCAACAGAAAUCAUUUGAUGCAAUGGGUCGAGGAUCUAGAUCCGAGUGGAAGGGAGGAUUUGCUGAUGAGAGCACGGAAAGGGGGUAGGGAUCUGAGAAAAAAUCAUCUUGAAGAAGAAAAAAAUGUAUUGACAAAGAUUAACGAAAAAAUGUUCCAAAUUAACGAAAAGGAUAAGAAAAGGAAAAACACUUCAAAGUCUGAGUCGAAAAGUAAGAAACUGAAAGGAAAUACGCAGGAGUCAAAAAAUAUUGAGCUGACCAAAAUAGAACAUUUAACAGUUGGAGAGUGCGUUGCGGUAGCUUACCAGGACAACUGGUAUCCUGGUUAUGUCGAGAAAAUUGUAGACACAACAACAGCGGUUGUUAAGUUCAUGACCCACUGUCGUAAGCCGGGUUAUUUUCAGUGGCCACUGAGAGAAGACAAACAAGUAGUUAACAUUCAGUUUGUGAUUGGCCAGAAAUUGGUGCCAGAUUGUAUCAAUGCAGGUAGACAAUGGUUCAUCUGUGAACAUAAACACUUAAACACAGUUUUCAGCAGAUUCAGCAGUGACUUUUUCUGUUAACGGUUUACUGCACUAUAAGUUGACAUUUGUCAUUGCUCUGUAAAAAGUUCUUGUCACUCUUGUAAAUGUGUAUUAGAUGUAGUAGAUAUUUUUAGCCAGUUCUGUAACUACAUGUAUGUAACUGGUAGAUAUUUUUAGCAAGUUGUAGCAAUCUAAUAAUAAAAAAUAUUCGACAGAAAAAUAUAACAUUAGUAUUAUUUGAAAUCAAUAUAUUGUAGUAAUUUAUAAACUUGUUUUAUGUUUUAUAAAUGUAUCUAGUUGUUUUGUAAUAAUAUUUAAAUGAAUCUGCUACAAUGAUUAUGAAAAUGUAUGUGUAUAUGACAAUUGUAACUAUUCGAGAAAAAAAUGUAAAAAUUUGAAAAAAUAAAUCACAU